AUGAAUAAAAAUUCUAUUACAUCAUACGCUGGAUUUCUUGUAGUAGAUUUUCAUGUAGUAGAUACUAAAAACCAAGCUGGGUUCUAUAGUGGAAUUUUUGAUUCAAGCUUCUACGCUGGGCAGUUUUUGUCAUCAUUUAUUCUUGGGAUUAUGUCUGACACAUUAGGUAGAAGACCUUUAUUAUUGUUUGGGUGCCUAGGUUCUAUUAUGUGUACAUUAUCUUUGGGCUUUUCAUUCAACUAUCCUUGGGCAGUUGCUUCUAGAUUUUUAUUAGGAUUAGUUAAUGGUAAUUUAGGUGUGAUUAAUGCUUUUAUGGGAGAUCUUUCAACAAAAGAAAAUAGAACUCAAGUCUUUGGAUUAAUUGGGUUAAUGAAUGGGUGUGGAAUGAUUGUAGGGUCUACUAUUGGUGCUUAUCUUUGUCGUCCUGCAAUUCAAUAUCCGUCUGUUUUUGGAGAUGUUCAAUUUUUCCAUACAUUCCCAUAUAUUCUUCCUAAUGUGGUUUGUGUUUCAUUAACACUCGUUGCCUUUAUUUUAUCAGUUAUUUUCUUACAAGAACCAAGAGCCAUUGAGAAGAUGAAUUGCAAGUGGUAUGUUGUUAUUAAAAUCAUUAUAACUAAGGUUCUUGUUAGAAUUAAAGAUAUGAUUAAAAUGUGUUUUUCUAAAGAGUACAUUGGUAUUUUAACUUGUUUUAUGAAUGCAGUUCUUCAAUGCUCUUGUGGUAUGGUUUGGGGAAUGAUUCCAUUACUGAUGAUGGCAUCUGUAGAUGUUGGAGGUUUUGGUUGGGAAACAGCAGAAAUUGGAACUUUCCUUUUAAUCUCAGCUAUUGGCAUUAUUAUCACUCAACUAUUUAUUUAUAAACCUAUUGUUAAUCUAUUAAAGCCAUUAUGGACAAAUAGACUUGGAUCUGCAGGUUUAUUUUUUAUGUAUAAUGUUCCACCUUGUAUCCAUUACCUCUACCCAUACGGAACAUUAUUAUUAUGGAUUGUAUUUGGGUUUUAUAGUGCAUCUUUACAAACAGUUAUGCAGUUUGCAUUAUCUACUAAUCAAGUAUUAGUUGGUAAUAGUGUCACAAAGAAUUUAAUGGGAUCUCUAUUUGGUCUUUCUCAAAGCUUACUUGCAUUUUUAAGAUUAAUCGGUCCAUUAGUAUGA